AUGUGGAAUAUUAAAAUCAAUAAUGAUUCAUUUAUAGAAUAAAUAUAAGUUCUGGAUUUCUUAAUUAGAAAUAUUAUGAAUUGGAUUAUUUUGAUUUCAAUAAUUAUUUCAUUUACUUAAGCUUGUUUAACGAAAUAGUUAACAUGUGAUGACCUUCAUGAUCCUAUUUCAUGUGAAUCUGUUUAUCAACGUGUGGUGACCUGUUAAUGGAGUCUAAAAACUAAUUAGUGUAAAUUAUUGAUGGCAAAUUGCAUUUAUUAUGAUAACCAAGAUGAAUGUUAAAAAUAAGAUCAAUGCGGCUGGAACGAAAAUCGUUGUUAGGAAAAAUUAAUGUAAAAAUAAUUCUAUAAAUUUAAAGAUAAAGAUAAGGUAUUAAUUGUGAGGACUUUAUUUCAUAUGCUUCAUGUGUUGCUAUUAAGGAAAAUAAGUUAGCCUGCACUUGGAAACAUAAUAAAUGCAUAACAAUAUCAAAAUGUAGUGAGAUUAAUGAUUUUAUGUAAUGCAGAAAUUCAAGAUUAUAAGAAUAGUAAGUAAUCUAACUUAUUCAUAGAUGUUAAUUAGUAAUUAAUGGUAAAGCCUCAUAUAAAGAAAAAUAGUAUUUUUAUUUUGGAGAUAUAUUUGAUUAAUAUGAAUGUAGAGCAAAAGAUUGUAAAUUCAAUUAAUUUGCAUCAUGUAAAAAUUUUGUGAAUGGAAGAAGAUGUUUUUAACAUUUUGGCGAAUGUACUUAAUGCUCAUAUUUUACAACUAAUUAAACUUGCUUAGAAACAAAUUAAUGCGUUUGGGAUAAUGAAGUUUGCAGGAAUAUUAUGUAUUUAAUUGAAAUAUAAUAAAUUAGGUGUUAUGAUUUUAAAGAGAAAUUACCUUGUUAAUUAAAACCAUUUUGUUCAUUUAAUGAAACUAGUUUAUAAUGCUAGACAAGAACAGACAACUAAUUAUAUUGUUAUGCUUAUGAUAUUUCAUCUGAUCCUAUUAAAUAGAAUAAAGAAGUUGAAAUCUGA